CCCGCCACCCAAGAUGCUGAAAGGAAAGAAGGCCAAGGGAAAGAAGGUGGCUCCGGCCCCAGCUGUCGUGAAGAAGCAGGAGGCUAAGAAAGUGGUGAAUCCCCAGUUUGAGAAAAGGCCUAAGAAUUUUGGCAUUGGACAGGACAUCCAGCCCAAAAGAGACCUCACCCGCUUUGUGAAAUGGCCCCGCUAUAUUAGGUUGCAGCGGCAGAGAGCCAUCCUCUAUAAGCGGCUGAAAGUGUCUCCUGCGAUUAACCAGUUCACCCAGGCCCUGGACCGCCAAACAGCUACUCAGCUGCUUAAGCUGACCCACAAGUACAGACAAGAGACAAAGCAAGAGAAGAAGCAGAGACUGUUGGCCCGGGCCGAGAAGAAAGCUGCUGGCAAAGGGGACGUCCCGACCAAGAGACCACCUGUCCUUCGAGCAGGAGUUAACACCGUCACCACCUUGGUGGAGAACAAGAAAGCUCAGCUGGUGGUGAUUGCACAAGACGUGGAUCCCAUUGAGCUGGUUGUCUUCUUGCCUGCCCUGUGUCGUAAAAUGGGGGUCCCUUACUGCAUUAUCAAGGGGAAGGCAAGACUGGGACGUCUAGUCCACAGGAAGACCUGCACCACUGUCGCCUUCACACAGGUGAACUCGGAAGACAAAGGCGCUUUGGCUAAGCUGGUGGAAGCUAUCAGGACCAAUUACAAUGACAGAUACGAUGAAAUCCGCCGUCACUGGGGUGGCAAUGUCCUGGGUCCUAAGUCUGUGGCUCGUAUCGCCAAGCUCGAAAAGGCAAAGGCUAAAGAACUUGCCACUAAACUGGGUUAAAUGUACACUGUUGAGUUUUCUGUACAUAAAAAUAAUUAAAAUAAUACAAAUUUUCCUUCAAAAAA